AUGUUGCCAGAAGACUUCGCUGGCAAAAGGAUGGUGACUGCGAUCAAUAGUUUUUCUCUUCAUUGGGCAGAUGUAUUGGUCUUAGUCGUGUAUUUUGCAAUUGUAAUCGGAUUCGGCGUGUGGUCGUCGUGUAAAAAUCGUGGCAGUGUUGAGGGAUAUUUUCUCGCCGGACGAAGUAUGUCAUUCUUACCAGUGGGAGCAUCUCUGUUUGCCAGUAAUAUUGGGAGUGGACAUUUCAUUGGUCUGGCAGGUAGUGGUGCUAGUAAUGGGAUUGGUGUUGCGGGAUUCGAAUUAAAUGCGAGCUACGUAUUGAUAAUACUCGGAUGGGUUUUCUUACCUGUCUACAUCAAAGCUGAUGUCUACACUAUGCCCGAAUUUCUGAAGAAAAGAUUCGGUGGCGAUCGAAUUCGAUUUUAUCAAACGGUUCUUGCUUUGAUACUUUCGAUAUUUACGAAGAUAUCCGUUGACCUCUAUUCGGGCGCUAUUUUUCUUAAUCAAGCAUUGGGUUGGAAUAUGUAUGUGUCAGUUAUUGCUCUUGUAGCACUUGCUGCGCUUUUCACAAUUGGCGGGGGAUUGUCGGCUGUGAUUUGGACUGAUUUUAUUCAAACUAUUAUCAUGGUCAUUGCCGCAUUUAUUCUCAUGAUUAUAAGCUAUAUUCGAGUUGGGGGUUUACAAAGUAUCAAGGACCUUUAUCCUUAUUCGGUUGCUGAUACGACAUUAUACAACAGUACACUUUGUGGAAUGCCACCGGAAGACUAUUUCAGUGUGAUUCGACCACUUAAUUCUGACAAUGGUCCGCCUUGGGUGGGCAUUUUUGGCAUGACUAUUUUAAGUAUUUGGUAUUGGUGCAGUGAUCAAGUGAUCGUUCAACGCGCACUGGCUGCAAAAAAUUUAACUCAUGCUCGUGCUGGCUGUGUCGUUGCGAGCUAUUUAAAGUUUCUGCCUCUUUUUCUCAUGAUUAUUCCUGGUAUGGUAGCGCGGAUACUUUUUCAAGAUAAAAUCGGUUGUUCAAGUCCGCAAACAUGUAAAGAAAUCUGCGGAAAUGAAGCAUCAUGUACAGACAUAGCCUAUCCAUUGAUUGUCAUUGAACUAAUGCCAAAUGGUCUACGUGGUUUAAUGCUUGCUUGUAUGAUUGCGGCAUUAAUGACGUCAUUAACAUCGAUAUUUAAUUCAAGUUCAACUAUCUUCACUAUCGAUAUAUGGCAACGCUUCCGAACGAACGCACCACAGUGGGAACUACUUAUUGUAGGCAGAGUUUUUACGCUAAUACUUGUUGGAAUCUCGAUUCUUUGGAUUCCGAUUAUUUCCUUUGCUCAGGGUGGUCGUCUAUUCGAUUAUAUUCAAGCUGUACAGAGUUUUCUUGCUCCGCCUAUUUGUGCAAUUUAUCUACUGGCUAUCUUAUGGAAACGCGUCAAUGAAGAGGGCGCGUUUUGGGGACUAAUUUGUGGUUUAAUUAUCGGUUUAAUUCGCUUUAUCUGGGAAUUUUCUUACGCUGUUCCUCCGUGUGUACUUUCACACACAGAUCAGCGUCCAGAAAUAGUUAAAUUCCAUUUUCUAUACUUUGCCAUAGUGCUUUUCGUCUUAACUUGUUUAAUAACAAUCACCAUCAGUCUACUCACUCGACCCAUACCAAAUCAAUGCUUACACGGUCUGAGUAUAUUUGAUUUGGACAAUCCUGUAAAACCAACCCCAAUACCAACCAAACCAGGAUGUUGGCAUAAAGCUGAUACAUCAUUCGAAGAUAAAAAUACUCCGCCCAGUGUGUCUAUUCCAUCUACUGAUAGUCCUGGUAGAAGAUUCACUAUUUUCUAUGCCGAUCCAUCGAACAAGGACGCGAAAUACUAUUUCAAAAUAAUGAUUUCAUGGAUCUGUGGCGUUGAGCAGCCCAAUGAUCAAGGUAGUCAAUCAACUACAGUAACAAGCAUGCCGAUACUAGCUGCCGAGAAUAUGUUUUGGAAACGUAUUUGUAAUUACAACGGUGUUCUCAUUUUGGCAUUUUGUGCAUUUCUGUGGGCUUUUUUCACAGACUAUCGCAUUAACAAGAUGUACAAAACAUCCUAA